AUUCACAUCCCAAAGCCGAACUUACCAUCGGCAUCUACAACAUGGGAUUUUUCUUUGUUUUAUGCUUCGCACUUGACUUCGUCAUAUCUCAAACGGCUGGCUUGAUCACAUUUACCCGGUUACCACCGUCCCAAGUGCAGGUUUUUGAAGGCACGCACAACCUCUCACUUACAUGGUCAUUUCACGUCGUUGAGGGAGAAAAUAUCUUCACGUUAAGCUUCAAUAGGGGCGAAAAUACCAUCGGAUCACACAGCAACGAUGACAAUAAGACAACUAUCUUUCAGUCUUAUAAAACGGACUAUUCCUUGAAGGUCAAGCGGCUUGAAGCUGUUUUAACUAUAAACAAAGUAAAAACAUCAUUAGAAGGAGAAUAUAGUAUCAAAAUAGUGGGAGGAUUCAAUGGAACAACUUAUCAAAGCCGCGGUACUUCCCUAAAAGUUCUAGUCCCACUAUCCAUCACGAGUCCUGCAAAUAAAACAAUCAUCGUCCUUGAAAACAACACGGUAGAGCUCGUGUGCGAGACCACAGGCAGUCCACCCCCCAACAUAACAUGGACCAAGGGAUAUAGGGUGAUAGGCACAGGAAGCCCACUCCGCUUGGCUGGUGUUGGAAGAUUGAAUGACGGAUGUUACGAUUGCACGGCCGAUAAUGGAAUGGGGACGAGCAAGAACGCUAGUGUUUGCUUGGACGUACAAUACCCCGCCGAUGCCUCUCUGAUUGCCAGCCCAUCAAGGUCCUGUGUCCAUGGUAACGUCACAUUAACAUGUACCGCUGGGCGAGCCAAACCACCUGUCACGGGAUUCCUGUACUUUCUCAAUGGCACAAGGCUGGGCGCUAGCAAUGGAAGCUUUACUGUCAACAUCUCGGGACCAGGACUCCACGAGUUUUCAUGCGCCGCGGUGAAUGCCGUAGGUGCGGGAGAAAAAGGAUCGUCAAUGAUUGACGUGAAAGCUCCGACUUCCAUUUUAAAGCUUCCGCUGACCAUAACAGUGGUCGAAGGCUCUAACCUGACCAUUCCAUGUGACGUCACUGGGAGUGAGCCAAUCAACGUGUCCUGGAGCCGAGACAAUGUCGCUGGGUUCGUGGGGUCACGUGAUUUGAGCUUUAAGCCCAUUGAUCGGUUAGACGAAGGCGUUUACGUUUGUACAGCCAACAACGGUCUCGAGUGCCCUGGAACGAGGAGAUCCACGGCAGUGGUUGUGAAUUACAAACCCGAGAACACAAGCCUAACAAGCAGCUCUCCCACGUCAUGUGUAAACAAUCAUAUAACUUUCAGCUGUACUGCUACCGCUAAGCCAGAUCCACACGAGUAUCUCAUCUACAAGAAUGGUAGCCUUGUGGCUAGUGGCAACACCACCUAUGGUCACGUGGUCAGAUUACCCGACGCGGGGGCUUUUAACUUUACUUGCGUGCCUAAUAACACAGUAGGGACCGGUAACGUGGCAAGCGUCCUCGUGCAAGUCAAAGAACCUCCAGUAAUCACAAACGUUACCGCGAACGUCACAUCACAUGAGGGCCAAACUGUCACGUUAGAAUGCCACGUGACUGGUGACGUCACUAACGUAACAUGGAGCAAAGGCGGUCAGGUGAUAUCGGUGGGGGCUGUCGCCAGCUUUCGUACCGUGCGCAGAUCUGACGCAGGGUUGUAUUGGUGUCGCGCAUGUGGGUUGGACUGCGGGCUCACAAGUCAAAGGUCGACUUUGCUUGAAGUCAAAUUCCCUCCCGAUUAUACAGUCCUCACGGCAUCUCCACCCAACGUGACUUACGGAGACCCAGUCUAUCUCAACUGCACUGCCACAGGCAACCCAGCUCCACAGUGGUACCAAUUUAACCGCCAAGGGACACCUCUAGAGAACCAGACCUCGGGUGUCUAUACUAGCACAGCGGUAUCCCUGGGAAGGAAUGUGUACACAUGUGUACCCGGAAACACAUUGGGGCUUGGCGUCGAGGCCAAUGUUACCGUUUUUGCUAAGGAAAAACCACCAAUCUAUACAAAUCUAGCAGCAAACCCUCAGACAUCAUGUGUUGAUGACGUCAUCACCCUGACAUGCGCGGUAAGCCCCGCUUCCAACAUCACAAGCUACGCAUUUUACAAAAACAACACCUUGCUAGGUACCACCUCCUCGCGGUCAUACAUCACCACAGCUACUAGCCCUGGUCACGUGUUGUUCACGUGCACUCCCAGUAUCAGCGGUGACAGACAUGUUUUGAAUGGGUCAGCGGUUGUGCAUGUCAAAGCCCCACCAGUAGUGUCCUUACCUGUGCGAAACUUAACCAUUCGUGAAGGCGAAAACUUUAAUCUCGGUUGUUCUGCGCAUGGCAGCGAGCCCUUAGAUAUCCGCUGGCUAAUUGCUGGCGCAAAUUCAACUGGGAACCUGACCUUCACGCCAAUCAAGCAACACCAAAAUGGCUUGUAUGUGUGUGCCGCUAGUAAUGGCAUUGAGUGUGACAUCGGACGCGCUUCUGUUUUUAUCGAGGUCUUGUUCAAACCCUCCAUUUUGACACUCUUCUCAAGCCUGAAUGGCGUUGCCAAGGCAACCAUCACGUGCCAGGCAUCCGGGAACCCACGUCCAAGUAUCACGUGGUCAGGUCUAGACUUUAUCGAAGACGUCAUAUUUGUAAACAAGACAAGCGUUUUGUCACGCAUUACUGUCGCGACUUUGACUGCACGGACCUUUGUUUGUCACGCAAGGAAUGCUCUAGGUGAUGAGAAAGGUUACAUCACUCUUGUAACGCAAGAUGUAGCGGCAGCCCAGACCUCUGCACCUGGUAUCGGCCUGAUCACGGCGGGUGGUAUUGUCGGAGGAAUGGGCCUGACAAUCAUUCUCCUGGUCACUGCCUUACUGUUUGUCAUACGUCACAUAAAGACAGUAGAGAGCCAUAAUCUUCAAAAUAUAAGAAACCCAAUACCAUCAGCGCCGACGAGUUAUGUCUCUUCAGCCACAAGUUUAUCGGGUAUCGACACGGUGCAACUAACAACGGACCCACGGAGCACCACCACAAUAAGGCCCCUUUCUGAGAGACGUUCCUCCGAACCCACCCUCCCUAGCUACAUAGAGGAGAGAGAUUCAGGGUACCUUGAGCCCAAGGUGACUUUGUACGAGGAGUUGCCAUGGGAACUACCGUCCUAUCGUAACGUAGAGUACGAGCUCUUAGAGCGCAUUGGAACCAUGCGCUCAGAUGCAUCGGCCGAAAGCCAAGCUUUUAUAACAGUGUUUGCGAAUUUCUUACAAGGAAGCUCUAGAGGUAGUAGUAACAGUAGAUCAGUUAAACAUAGUGAUAGUAGUAACUAUAGGCCAGUUACUCCUCGGAAGAGGGCAGCCAGGAUAGUCUAUGUGCGAGAGGGCACUCCCCCAUUGCCAGGUCUGAACGCCCCUAUAUAUAAUGUCCCACCUCCUGUGCCCCCUCGGAGUGGCACCUACAUGUCUCUUUGUCGGGAAUCGCGAGUUAUGCACUGACCCUGACGCAUUCUACAUGUUUCUAGAAUGUUUCUAUAUCAGGAAUCGCGAGUUAUGCACUGACCCUGACGCAUUUCUACAUGUUUCUAGAAUGAUUCUAUAUCAGGAAUCGUGAGUUAUGCACUGACCCUGAAGCAUUCUACAUGUUUCUAGAAUGAUUUUAUAUUAGGAAUCGCGAGUUAUGCACUGAUCCUGACGCAUUCUACAUGUUUUUAGAAUGAUUCUAUAUCAGGAAUCGCGAAUUAUGCACUGACCCUGACGCAUUUUACAUGUUUCUAGAAUGAUUUUAUAUCAGGAAUCGCGAGUUAUGCACUGACCCGGACGCAUUCUACAUGUUUCUAGAAUGAUUUUAUAUCAGGAAUCGCGAGUUAUGCACUGACCCUGACGUAUUUCUACAUGUUUCUAGAAUGAUUCUAUAUCAGGAAUCGCGAGUUAUGCACUGACCCUGACGUAUUUCUACAUGUUUCUAGAAUGAUUCUAUAUCAGGAAUCGCGAUUUAUGCACGGACCCUGACGUAUUUCUACAUGUUUCUAGAAUGAUUCUAUAUCAGGAAUCGCGAGUUAUGCACUGACCCGGACGCAUUCUACAUCUUUCUAGAAUGAUUCUAUAUCAGGAAUCGCGAGUUAUGCACUGACCCUGACGCAUUUCUACAUGUUUCUAGAAUGAUUCUAUAUCAGGAAUCGUGAGUUAUGCACUGACCCUGACGUAUUUCUACAUGUUUCUAGAAUGAUUCUAUAUCAGGAAUCGCGAGUUAUGCACUGACCCGGACGCAUUCUACAUGUUUCUAGAAUGAUUCUAUAUCAGGAAUCGCGAGUUAUGCACUGACCCGGACGCAUUCUACAUGUUUCUAGAAUGAUUCUAUAUCAGGAAUCGCGAAUUAUGCAUUGACCCUGACGUAUUUCUACAUGUUUCUAGAAUGAUUUUAUGUCAGGAAUCGCGAGUAAUGCACUGAUCCUGACGCAUUUCUACAUGUUUCUAGAAUGAUUCUAUAUCAGGAAUCGUGAGUUAUGCACUGACCCUGGACGUAUUUCUACAUGUUUCUAGAAUGAUUCUAUAUCAGGAAUCGCGAGUUAUGCACUGACCCUGACGUAUUUCUACAUGUUUCUAGAAUGAUUCUAUAUCAGGAAUCGCGAGUUAUGCACUGACCCGGACGCAUUCUACAUGUUUCUAGAAUGAUUCUAUAUCAGGAAUCGCGAAUUAUGCAUUGACCCUGACGUAUUUCUACAUGUUUUUAGAAUGAUUCUAUAUCAGGAAUCGCGAGUUAUGCACUGACCCGGACGCAUUUUACAUGUUUUAGAAUGAUUUUAUAUCAGAAAUCGCGAGCUAUGCACUGACCCUGACGCAUUCUACAUGUUUCUAGAAUGAUUUUAUACCAGGAAUAGCGAGUUAUGCACUGACUGAGUCACGCAGUUUACAAUCGCAAGUAAUACGACUUACGAUUUUAUCUCCGUUAACGUUCUGCUUAUCCAUGCCGUGUGUAAGGUAGAGGUGGCCCACGCACAACGAGAAUACGCAGGCACUGAUCCAGGAAAUCUUCCGACCUGUUUUUUUUCCUGAAUGUCAGUCUCGAAUCAAAUAUUAGGUUUUUCCACCAGGGCACAAACAACACCAACAACUAAACACAAUGUAAGUUUCAGCUUCAUUUAUUCCAAUUGCAUAACAAUUUUCCGCUGUAUAUUCACUGUAUUUUUGCCCAUGCUCUUACCGCCUUUGUGACUAAGAUGAUACGAUGCAUCAUGGGUAGGGUGUCAAAUACCCCCCCUCCCAGGCGUAGCCUGCGUAGCAAGCCAAAGGGUUGGGAAAGAAGCGAGAAAAAGACCAGGCGCGCGCCUCCUUCUCUCCAGGCGCGUGGGUCGAGGCGCAUGUCCGAGUGAGGCGCUUAUUCGAUGGAAGUGCUCAUUCAAGCAAUUACGGUAUGUGUAAAUGUCGGCAUUCCACGCGAGGUCGCUCGAGAUGAAACUUCGAGAAACUGCCAACCAAAUUAACAGAGAUUGGGAUACCUGUGCACUACACCGACCGUGUAACGCCUGGCUGUAAUUGUCAUCUUCUUGCUAGAGUUAAACUUCUAACCUUUGCAAUCCAUUGUACCGAAUAUAACUCGCGAAUUGAUGGCCGAUAACUUGGACUUUAAAGUUUCACGUAAACGGUGGAUAGAGUUACAUCCUAAAUUUCAAGAAAUAAAAGCACAUGGGCUCAAUGAUGGUGCGACCAGAGCGACGAUGUUGGUUUAUCUCGAUCUUUGCGAAGCGAAAUACUGGCGCGAAGUGGAGAUACAUUCGUGCGAAAAACUUAAAAUAUUCUACAUUACGGGUAAACCCAAGAAGAAUCAAGACUUGGAAGUAAUUGUUCCGGUUAAUGCAACUCUAAGUCUUAGUAUGCAGCAAAUGAAGAACUUGGUUGAAGGGGUAAAUGUUUCUGGACAAAGUCAAGAUGAAAGGAACAAGGUUGCGACCUUGGCUAUUUGUGAUUCGGACUCUAGUAUCGUUUAUUAUAAGUUGUUCAGUGGACUUGAACAACCAGAUCCCCCAACGGAAGAGAAAGUCAUAGAGGGAGCGGUAAAACCCAAGAGACGAAGAAAAAGGUGACCGGAGGAUAAGGCCACAAUGCCAAAGAGAAACUUCCUUAUCUCAGCCCGUCAUCCAUCAACCCCAAUACUCCCCCCUUCUCCCGGUAAAUCUGGUUCUCUCUGAACCCUUCCCCCACCAAAAAUGCUAUCAGUUUCGAUACUUCGAUACUUCGAUACUUCGAUUUAUUACUCCUAUAAGUAGCUUUCGCUAAUACUAGGAGGCAUAUAGAGCUAAAAUAAUUACAAUAAGUAUUGCUCAAAUAAUAACGAAUAAUUAUGAUACAAAGAGUAUUAAAGAGUAACUGUAUAAGUAAAUAUUGUAAUUAUUGUAUAAUUAUGAUACAAAGAGUAUUAAAGAGUAACUGUAGCAAAAA